AUGGGAGACGGGUCAGACGCAGAACGCAGCGGGGGGACAAGCUCGUCCUCAGCAUUGGAACUUCUUGCGCAGUAUGAGCAGCACAUUAUGGAGCGGGGGAGGACGUUGGAGGCGAUUGAAGGGCACGGCGGGGAGCGGCUGGGGCCAACGUACGAGGAGCUUGUGGAGGAGAACGUGCAGCUCCGGCGGGAGCUGCAGGGGCAGCGGGAGGAAAUAGAACACCUCCGCAAAACGAUUUCUCUGCUUGCGUCGGGGCGGAGCGGCGCGACGGUGGUCGAGCAGCAGGUGCGUCCUGAGCCUUCGCCGUCCGUACGAGAGCUGGCGCUGCCGCCGCGGUCCGCGGACCGGCGAAAGAACACCAAAAACCUGAGUCUCGCCCCGGUGGGCCACGAGGUGCCGUCGACCGACCGGCUGCGUGUCUCGCCGCAGGAGGCCACGAGCGGGGCACAGCAGGUGCCCUUGCUAACCUCUUCGAAGUCCGCCGAGAUUCUGGUGUCGAAAUCUCCGGAUGAAGACCGCCACUUGAUGUCGCCUAGGAAGACAAUUUCACGGUCCAGUUCGUCAUAUUCGAAUACGCUAGGCAGCCCUGCAACUUCCGUUCUGUAUAAGAACUCUCGGAUAUCAAUUACUUCUCCGUGCAAGUCUAACUCUACGAGCAAAGCUGCGUCUGUGUUGAGUCUACCAGAAAAUAACACGUCCACCGAGAAUGCGCCGCAUUCACCACACAGAAUAGACAACGAAUUGGACUUGCUCACCGUGGAGCCUCAAGAUGGAAGCAGGUACGAUACAGAGAGAGCAGGUGGUCCGGGGCCAUUGUCGCCUGAGAGCAUAGUGUACAGUGAUUCGGACUUGCAAGAGCAUCAACCUUCUGAUCUGUCAUCUACCACUAGGACGGAUUUAGGCAAAUUCAGAGAUAUGGUGGAUACUACCUUCAAUGCAGAAGACAACCCUACGGGUUCACGAGACAAGGAGACUGGAACGGAAAUGGAGAUCGCUACGCUACAAAAUACGCCCAGCAGACAACAUGAAUCGAGUUUGGUAACAAGUCCACAAGCUUCUAGGUCAUCGAUUACAACGCCAGUCGUGGAUCCUACUAAUACGAGCGAACCUUCUUCGCUUUCAGCAGCGAAGUUUGGAAGUAUGUCUACCGCUACAUCCUCGAACAAAAGGUCCAAGGGCAUGGGCACUCCUUCCGUGGAACAUUCAGCAAAGUCAUACUCGCAGCAUUCUGGUAGCCCCCACUCUAACUCUCACCAGUCCAAGAAAGCAGAUAUUCCCUUAUUUGUACAGCCAGAGGAGUUAGGUACGAUCAGGAUUGAGGUCAUUAGUACAUUGUAUCAUGAGCCUGGAAACGCAGCCAGCAUUCUCUUUAGUGUUGUUGAUAAGAAGUCUUCCAAGGAGAUGUUCAAAUUUGCUAAAACUUUUACCCGCAUUGCAGAGUUCGAUACCUUUAUCAGAAACAAUAUGGAAUCUUUAGCCGUCCCCCCCCUUCCCGACAAGCACAUGUUUGCUUCGAACGUGCCAGUAAAGGUAGACAGUAGGAGAGAAAAGCUUAAUGACUACUUUGCUAGUUUGUUGUAUCUAUCCCCAUUACCCUUUAAUCCAGCAUUGAAGUUAGCGCAAUUCAUUAGCACAGACCCUGUUAUGAACCCUAUAACUGGCGAAUUUGCUAAAGAGGGCAUGCUACUAGUCCGUAAAUCUAAAACCUUGGGUAGUACUACUACGUGGCGUAUUAGGUACUGCACAGUUGAGGGCUCUAUAAUGCAUCUCCAUGACCAUAUGAUUGAUACUGAUACGAUCAAAUUGACGCAUUCUACGAUUGAACUUCAGGCAAACCUCCCGGAUGAUAAGUAUGGGACCAAGAAUGGAUUCAUACUUAAUGAACACAAAAAGAGUGGUCUUUCAAGCUCUACAAAGUACUAUUUUUGCGCUGAAACGCCAAAAGAACGUGAACAAUGGAUAAGCGUAUUGACCACUCUCUGCGAUGGCCCAGGUGGUACAGCAGCCAUUCCAUCCAUUAAUAGCAAGUCUGAAGCGUCUAGUUUAUUCGAGCAAACAAGCAUUAGCGACUCUAGUUAUCUUGGACCAAUUGCUAAUCUCGAGGCAAUGGAUGCAACUUCUCCGACAAGACCAAAUGAUCCAAACCCGGUCUCCUUAACAUCUGAAGAAGAGAAAGAGGUCAAGAGACGACGUAUGAAGUCAUUCUUCCCUUUCAAGAAGUUAGCUACUACACCUACCCCCUACGCUGCUGGAAACGACAAUGCUUCUAUAUUUUCGCAAGAUGAUGAUAGCCCUGUGAAUGCUACAAAUGAAAGUGGUAUUUCAAGAUCACUCCAGUCCAUGAAUUUACAAGCACAGUAUAACGCGGUAUUUGGAGCGGACUUGAGAUCCUGUUUACAACUAAGUUCGCAUCCCUACCAGGGAAAAUAUGAAAUACCAAGUGUUGUAUUCCGAACGCUAGAAUUCUUGUACAAAAACCGCGGCAUUCAGGAAGAAGGUAUAUUUAGGUUAAGCGGAUCCAGUUCUCUCAUAAAAUCUUUGCAGGAGCAAUUUGACAAAGAAUAUGACGUGGAUUUGUGCAAUUACAACGAUAAAGUUUCUGUCACACCAGGAAACGAAAAUCAGGGCGGUCUCUACGUCGAUGUGAAUACCGUUUCAGGUUUAUUAAAACUAUACCUAAGAAAGCUUCCUCAUAUGAUCUUUGGGGAUGCUGCAUAUAUGGAUUUUAAGAGAAUCGUGGAAAGAAACGGAGAUGAUAGCAAACUAAUAGCACUCGAGUUCAGGGCAUUGGUUAAUUCCGGACGAAUUGCCAAAGAAUAUGUCGCCUUAAUGUAUGCAUUGUUCGAGUUAUUGGUGAAGAUCACCGAGAACAGCAAAUAUAACAAGAUGAAUCUGCGGAAUUUGUGUAUCGUAUUUUCGCCAACGUUGAACAUACCCGUGAAUAUACUACAUCCGUUUAUCACUGACUUUGGCUGUAUAUUCCAAGAUAAGGCGCCGAUGGAGAACGGACCACCGGUCAACAUACACAUCCCGCAAAUUUAG